AGCAUAAAAAAGUAAAAUAAAAUCUAAACCGUUGGUUGUGAGCGAUAAGUUUUGUUUACGUCGUCGCACACUUCUCAACCGCGUGACGUACAGGGUAUAGCGUAUCACUCGCUCCGCGGUGCAAUCAGUGCAGGGAUGAGAGAUAUUUUUCAAAAAUUUGAAGCGCUUGAUUUUUUUCAAGAAGAGUGAUUUUUUUUCUAUGCAACGUCUUGGGCACCUUCGCUUCAGGACGCAAAGUCCUGGUUCGAUGUCACAUUUGCGAGUGAGGCGUUACCCGUGAACUUUCGGUUUACGUGAGAGAUUGAUGGUGAAAUGUAUCUUCUGAUCCUUGGUUUUUGUGAUACAGUGGCUGCUUUCUGAUGCUGAUGCGUUUCCGAAAAUUGUACAAGUGGUGCAUUUUUUUUUUAUUGCUGAAAAAAUUACGAUUGCACUGAUCAGCUAAUUAAUUCCGAAAUUAACGUCACGUUUCAAAAUAUAGUGAAUUUACAGCAACUGUUUGCAAAUUAUUCGUUUGGAGCUCAAUUAACGCCAAGAAAAGAAGAAAUAUUUCCCGAACGUUUUGUGUUUCGCGCCAUGUGCUUCUUGUUUACAUCCAGAGUGCCGUUUGAAUCGAGGUGCGGUGAGAUCGUGUGCGAUUGCAGAAAUUCGGAAGAAUAAUUUCUGGUGAUAUUUCAGCUCAAGUUUUUAAAUAUUUUUCGUCGGUAUUUUUUUUUUUUUUUUCAGUAUAGAAAGUACUUUAGAAGAAGAAUUAUUGGUGAAUUAUUUAAAGUAAUUAUUAUAAACUGAAAUGAAACGUGUAGUGAGUUUCAAAGCUGUUUGGAGAAAUUUUCUGGUUAGAAUUCCACGUGUGCAUGUGAAAAAUUUGAUGUUUCUUGCAAAUGUUUGCAAUAUUUACUGUUGACAAAAGUGCUUGUUGAAAAGUUAACAUUUUUUUAAUCGCGAACUUUACUUAUUUCAAUUUUAACGAAUUUUAUUUUUUAAAUUCUUAGUAAGAAAAGUGCAAACGAUAAAAAAAAAAUAAUAAUAAAAUAUUUUAUGAACCGAAAAACUGGUUAUUUCAAUAAGCAUUCAUAUCAGCCUCAGAAUCACGUGCAAACGAUUCUGGAUUUUUAACGAAAGAAUUGAAUAAAUUUUCCCGCCAAAAAUUUGAAUGCGAACGAAUUUUAACAAGGAUGUCUGCUUUCUCGUAGUUUUCUAGUUCUUUUUUUAGUGAAAAUGAUGAAUCGCAAAAAGAACCUUUCUCUGCCUACUGAAGAAGAAGAAAAGGAAGAAAAUGCAGUUGUUCGAAUUCUUCAAUCUCCCACUUGCCGGCGACUGUUCUCUUGGACCGUUUCGGACGUUGCGAUUCCCGCGGAAAUUACCGCCGAAACCAGGGAAGAACAGAGGCUCAGAUGGAACUUUGAUUUUCAGACUGAGACGCCCCUGCCGGGGCGCUACCAGUGGGUCCGGACAGGCGAGGCCAAUGGUCACCGGAAGAAUGGGAGUGACGAACCUGAAAGGAAAAGGCCUUGUGGCGGUGAAAGCAGUCAAAAGAGGCAAACGUCCCCGUCACCAUGCACGCGUCCCGAGAAACGGAGGGCGCAACCCGAAAGCACGACGACGACAACGACGCUGGUCUCCGAAUCGACGGUCUCCUGUGAUAGGGCGCUCAACGAGGCCGAAGAUGCCGGAAGACCCCUGGAUCUCAACGAUGCCUCCUCCUACGGGAUAGAUUGCACGUAGGGGCAGAUUGUUCAAGCUGACAGACGACUCGUUUUACUCGUCUCCGCCAGAUAGCGCCACUCGCAAUAUCAUGAUAAUUUGAAUUCAUCCGUUGAUUUUUUCAUUCUUUGUAUCAUAGCAUUUUCUUAUCCAUUUUUCUUUCUGUGUAAGAUUAUUAAAAUAUUUAUUCUUUAUGAUUUGGAAAGUAAAUGGAACAGCCACUCGUUUUGUAUGAGCAUUUGUAUUAUAUCUUUUCAAUAUUGUAUUUGAAAUUACAAAUGUAAUACAGUUUAAAUUGGGAGUGAAAUGGAGAUAGAUUAAAAUUCACUUACUUUAAAAUAGCUUUUAAUUUAAACCAUUUAAAACAGAUCUGAAAUCCGAUACAUUAUCUGAAUUAAUGGAAAGAUUGUUUUUUACAGAUCACGAUAAAUAAGAAGUGUCUGUCAGAUUUUUUAUCAGCUGACAUUUGUUAUUUUUGUGUUGUAGACACAAGUUAUACUAUCGUACUGCCAUCUAUUGGAGCUAAAACUACUUUAAAUGAAACGUUCGCAAAAUUAACUGAAAAUUUGUUUACAACUAAUAACGCACAUGUUUCAACAUUUUUAACUUCCGAUAAUAGUUAUACUAUAAUAUUUUCUAGUGGUAGUUUAAUUUGUAUUUUUCCUAAUUCUUUCUAAGAAAGUAUGGAACUUGAUGAUUCUAAUAGAAAAACCUUUAGAAAGUUUUAAGUAGUUUUUUGCUAAAUUAUGUGUCUGAAAUAUUUUCAAAGUGGUUCUUUAGAUUUAAUUCUUUUUUUUUUUUUUUACAAACAAGUGUGAUUUUUAUUUAAUAAGUCCAAAGAUUUUUCUAUAUGUAAGUUAAUAAUCUAUUACAUCAAAAGUGCAAAUAGGAUAUCAUGUUAAUUAAGACAUUUUUUCUUUAAAUUUUAUUUUUAGCAUUGUUACAUUAAACGCUUAUGACUAGAUUUUAGAAGUUACUUCUGUCCAAAUGUUUGUGAUUAACAUGCACAUGAUUGUAAUGUUUUUUUAAGUAACAUUUGAGGCCUACUUAUUUAUGAUCUAUGUUUUUUCAUAUCCAUUUUUUUUAUAGUAAUUACAUUCGAAAGUACAAAAAGCAUUCAUAAAUAUACCAGCAUAAUUCAGAUAGCGGCUAUUUAUUUUCAUCAAUACGAAUGAUCUCAAACAUAAUAUCAUACUUAAAUCACUUCAUUUCUACCUUUUUAAAGUUAUUUGAAGCAUAUUUAUUUGUUUAUUACAUCAACUGCUCAUAGCGAUUUCUUUAAAUCGUGCAGUUUUAUUUUAUGUAUUUGCUUUUAUUUUACCAGUGCGUGAUAAUGUUAUGUAAAGAGAGAUUUAAAAAAUAUUGUAAAAUUGAUUUUCUUUUUUUAUUAAUUUUGUUGCAGGGUUAAAUGUGGAUUUUUUUUUUUUUUUUGAAUGGCUGCUGUUUUUUUGUAUUUUAAUCCUUUUAAGAAAUAAAAAUGGAUUUUUUUUUGUUAGAAUUAAAGAAGGGCUUCUUAAAUUUUUCUAUUUCAAGAUUUCACUUCUAUUUAAAAUAUUUUUUCUGAGUCUAUCAUUAAAAAACAAACAAAUUGAAGCAUUUAUUAAUGUUCAAAAAAUUCAUCUCAUAUUUGUUAAAUUGAGAAAUUCAAAUGAAAUGUCUGAAUUCAGAAUGAUUUUAUCAAUUUUCAACAACGCCACUGUGCAAAGAAUUAUUAUUAUUAUUAUUAAAAUUCUGUAUGCCAAGAAGUGUGGGAUUCAAAAUUUAAUUGUCAUUCAAAGUUAUUUAUAAUUCGGAUUAAAACGUUAAUAGUUAAUAUUUCAUAUAAAGGAUGAAAACUAUUUUCUCAAAUACUUAAAAAAAAUUUUUUUCAUUGUACAAUAUACAGUAAGAUAAAAUUUUAUUUUAGUUUUUUUUUAUGUAAUAAUUAUAAUUAAUCUUGUAAUCACAAAUAAUUUUUAUUUUUUAAUUAUAAUGGUUUUUUAUGCCGUAUUUCUAAAAAAAUAUCAGUCAUUUGUAAAUGAUGGUAUACUUCUCGUAAUUUUUGCAUAUAAUCCUGUUUAAUAAUUAUUUUUACAAAUAAAUGAAAUAUUGAAAAAAAUUUAGACUACUGUUGUCUUUUAAAAAUUUCUAAUUAAUUUUCUUGAAAACAAUUGCAUUUGAUUACAAUUUUGAUUAUUACCAACUGAAACUGCUUUUGUGCAUAUGAAAUUUCCAGAAAAAAAAAUCAUUCUCUUUUUGUUAUUGUAUUUUAUGUAUUUUACGAAUAUUUUUGUUUUAUUUUUAGAAUUUUUAGUUGAGAUUUUUUUUUUUAUCUAUCUAUUUUUGUAAAUCAUUGUAUUUUAAAAUCAAACAAACAGAACAGCAAUG